AUUUACGCCUAUUUAUACAUCAUAUCUUUAUUCCCUUAUCGAAUAUCAAUUGUUUAGUUUGGAAAGAAUACGGCUGUUAUACAAAAUUGCAGGCCUUUAUUCCAACCUAACCCAUGAAAACGGAAGCAAGUCAUAUAAUAGCAAGAAGCAAGAAGCAAGUUAUAUGAUAAAAUAUGUUAUGUAGUCAAAGUCGUUUAUAAGUUUUUAUUAUGAAUAAUAUAUCUAACGAAAUUAAUAGUGAGAGAGUCAAGGAAGAAGACAUAAUAGAUAUCAUUGGACAUUGGGGUAAAUGGCAGUUGUUCUUGAUGAUACUUAUGAUAUAUAUGAACAUUCCUAACGAAUGCAGCAUGUUUGCAAUAACAUUUAUGGCACCGAAAAUAAAUUAUUGGUGCACGACACCAUUAAACAGUUCUAAUACUACCACUGAAAAAUGGAAAAAUUUUACUAUUCCAUUGGAAGAAAUUGUCGAUAAAGAGAAACCUAAUCAGUGUGAUGUUUAUAGCAUUACAGAGAAAGGAGAAAAGAUUCGAGUACCCUGUCAUUCCUGGGAUUACGAUCAUUCAUUUUACAAGUCGACCAUAACUGAAAAAUGGAAUUUGGUAUGCAAAAAUGCAUAUUUACCGUCGUUAGUUCAAUCUCUCUUCUUUUUCGGAUAUUUAUUAUCUACUUUUAUCGGAGGACAAUUAUCAGAUAAAUUUGGCAGAAAACCCGUACUUUAUUUAAGCUCGGCGUGGACAUUUCUUUUCGGCAUGAUAUGUACAUUUUCUGAAAAUUUCUGGUUGUUUGCAAUAUCUCGGUUUCUUCUCGGCCUAGGACAGGCAUCUACCUGCUUAAUUGUAUAUGUUCUUUUAACUGAAGUUGUUGGAAAGGAUUAUAGAGUAAUUGUGGGGUUUUUCAACAAAGUCGGUUGGGGAUUAGGACAAAUGAUUAUUCCUGGACUCGUCUGGCUUUUCAGAGACUGGUUUUAUAUAAACUUAAUUUAUACUUUGACUUAUUUAAUAUUUCUUCUUUUGUGGUGGAUUACACCCGAAUCUCCGAGAUGGCUUCUUUCUCAAGAUCGAGUCAACGAAGCGGAAAACGUGACUAUAAAUGCGUUAAAAAUAAACAAGAGAGAAAUCGAUCAUUUGAACGAGAGACUAAAAAUCAUUUCCGAGUUGAACGAAAAGGAAAACAAAAGAAACCAAAAUAACCAGGCGACCUUUUCGGAUAUAAUGAAAUCUCCCAAUUUACGAAGAAUGUCUUUUAUAUUGUACGUUGCUUGGAUUUCCACCGUAAUAUCUUAUUACGGGUUAUCAUUCUCGGCCGACGACAUUGGGUUGGACGUGCUCUUAUUCUUCUUUCUUUCUGCAUUAUUAGAAAUACCGGCGAGUUUUUCAUAUUACUACUUUCAGCGAUUUGUUGGUAGGAGAUAUACGCAAAUAGCUUGCUUGAUAGUAAGUGGAUCGGCUUGUCUGGUAGCUAUCGCUGUACCUAAAGAUUUCCAUAAAGUUCUCAUUAGUUUAGCUGUUGUGUCCAAAUUCAGUCUGUCCGUAUCCUUUAGCUCGUUAUAUCUUCUAUCGUCCGAGAUUUAUCCCACUGUAGUCCGCAACGUUGGUUUAGGAUCUUGCUCGACGGUAGGAAGAAUCGGAGCCAUAGCUGCUCCUUUCAUGAAAGAAGCGGCAUCUCAAAUAGACAGAUCUUUUCCUUUGGCAUUAUUUGGUACCAUGUCACUUAUUGGAGGUUUAUUAGUGUUUUUCUUACCGGAAACGAAAAACAUGGAGUUGGCUGAUACCAUAGAACAAGGAGAAACUAUUGGAAGGCAUGAAGUAUACGUGCUUACAAGGAAUUUCGAGAAAGAAGAUAAUGCAAAAGAAAAUUGAAGAAACAAGUUUGAUGUUUACAAUGCACUUAACUAUUUGUGAUAAGGUAGACAGUUAUCUAUGAAUAUUAAUACUAUAAUAAAUC